UAGUUUUUUCCUUUCCCUCAAAACUAAGAGAAAAGAGAUUUAUUUAGUUAGUAUUAUUAGAAUGAAUGCACUGAAACUAUGCAAGCCCAUUUGUUAUCAAUCUCCAUUUCUCCAUAUUUCUUCUCCUCAUCCACUUCUCAUACAACACAAUACAGUUUCAGUUGCUAAUAGAGAAAGAAACACAGUUUGUAAUCGAACUAUGUUUAUCAGAGCUUACAUUGAUGAUGAUAAACAAGAAGAGAAGAAUAAGAGGAAAAGUUUCUUGACUUUAGAAGAAGCUGGAUUAGUUGAACUCUCUGGUCUAAGCACCCAUGAAAGAUUCCUCUGCCGCUUAACUAUAUCAUCUUUGAAUCUAUUGAGAGUGAUAGCAGAGGAAGAAGAAUGCACAAUGGAGGAACUGAAUGCAGGCAGGAUUUGUGAUUGGUUUGUAAAUGACAAGUUGAAGAGGGAGCAAAAUAUUGGGUCUGCAGUUCUUCAAUGGGAUGAUUCUGAAUUCCCACUCUGAAACUUUUUAUUUUUAAUGUUUUGGAUAUGAAAACUCAUGAACUAGUAAUCUUGAGAACAUGAGUUUAUGUGAUAAUAAGUUAUGAGUUUGGUCCCUCUAAA